AUGUUAAAAUACAGAUCUGUUGAAACUUAUUCAGUCCUUCAAGCUAGUUGCCUUCAACAUUGGUUUAAAAACUGGCAAGCACUUAGGAGAAACAAAUUGACAGCUAGCACUUUUGCUGCUGCUAUUGGGUUUUGGCGUCGGCAAAGGGUCCAACUGUGGUUAGAGAAGAUUGGUGCUAUUGAACCUUUCUCUGGAAACCUUGCCACCUGUUGGAGCAAUAUCAAAGAGGAGGAAGCACUUGAAAGAUACAAACUGAUAACUGGAAAUACGGUGUUGUUUCCUGAAUUUCAGGUCUAUGAUUCACACCCACAAGACAGCUGGCUUGCUGCUUCACCAGAUGGUGUAAUCGACAGUCUAGUGCAUGAAUUGCCUUCUCGUGGAGUACUGGAGAUAAAGUGUCCAUAUUUCAAUGGGGACAUAAGUAAAGCUUUCCCUUGGUCUCGAAUUCCAAUUCACUAUAUUCCUCAAGCUCAGGGUUUAAUGGAGAUUCUAGGAAGGGAUUGGAUGGAUUUUUAUGUUUGGACUCCUAAUGGUAGUAGUCUAUUCAGGUUACAUCGUGAUGCUGAGUAUUGGGAUGUAAUGGAAAUAGCACUGUAUGAUUUCUGGUGGAAGCAUGUCCAUCCAGCGAGAGAGUUGUAUAGUAGUAAUGUUUCAAGAAGUCCCCUUUUUCAAUUAAGAACAGUGAGGCCAGCUCCUAGGCAUGAAUUAUGUAGAGAUAUUGUUUAUAAAAGCAAACACAUUGCUGCUAAUUCUAAGUUGUUGAUGCGGGAGAUACAUGGGAAAUUGAUAAAUUGA